UCAUAUCAUCCCAUGAAUGCCCCUGAGGAAGUCAGCUGAUCUCACCAAGCAGAGGAAUAAAUAUGACAGGCAUUGAUUGCUGCAGAGGAAAGGAAACAUGAAGUCCCUGUUGGCUUUGGGCUUGAUUGCCACUGCUUUUGCUAUCACUUGUCCUCGGCGUUUUGACAGUGCAAAGGUGUUCCGUGUGAAGCCUCAGAAUGAAAAGCAAGUGAGCUUCUUGAAAUCCUUGGCAAGCAAAAUACCAAUCGACUUUUGGUAUCCAGACUCGGCAUCACAUAUAGUCAACCAGAUGGAAGUGAAUUUCCUUGUCCGUGCUGAACAUUCCAAUACUACCAAGACUCUCCUGGAGCAGAACGGCCUACAUUAUGAGAUUUUAUUUCAAAACCUGCAAGAAGAGAUUGACAAGCAACUUGAAAGGAAUUCUCCCGACAGCUACAGUUACACAAAAUAUAAUGAAUGGCACAAGAUUUCUGCUUGGACUGCCAGAAUGGCAGAAAAGAAGCCAAAGUUGAUUUCCCGCCUUCAGAUUGGAAAAACUUUUGAAAAUCGGCCCAUGUACAUCCUUCAGGUUGGGAAACAAAAGGACAGCAAAAAGGCCAUCUUCAUGGACUGCGGAAUUCAUGCAAGAGAGUGGAUUUCACCUGCAUUUUGCCAGUGGUUUGUGAAAGAGGCCAUCAGGACAUACGGAAAAGACAAGGUUAUGACAAAUCUGCUGGACAACAUGAAGUUCUACAUCCUUCCCGUACUCAACAUAGAUGGCUACAUCUGGAGUUGGACUUCGGAUCGCUGUUGGAGAAAGAAUCGCUCUAAUGUAACCAGCAAUAAGUGUAUUGGUGUUGAUCUCAACAGAAACUUUGAUGCUGCAUGGGGCACUGUGGAUGCUUCCAAAGAUCCUUGUACUGAAAAUUUUUGUGGACCGUCAGCAGAGUCGGAACCAGAAACGAAAGCAGUUGCAACAUUCAUCCGCAGCCAUCUUUCUUCAAUCAAAGCCUAUCUGUCAAUUCAUUCCUACUCUCAGAUGAUAUUGUUCCCUUAUGGCUAUACUUUGAACAAGGCACCCAACCACGACGAACUGAAUGAACUCGCAAAGAAAGCUUCCCAAGCUAUAGCCAGCCUGUAUGGUAAAAAAUACAAGUAUGGGACAUCAGCACUGACAAUCUAUCCUUCCUCUGGUUGUUCCGAUGACUGGGCUUACAAUCAGGGUAUCAAAUAUUCCUUCACCUUUGAGCUCCGUGAUAGGGGCAAAUAUGGGUUCUUCCUUCCUGAAUCUGAGAUCAAGCCAACUUGCCAAGAGAUUAUGCUGGCAGUCAAGUUGAUGGCCAGUCAUAUCCUCAGCCGGACAAUGUAAUGAGGACUACUGCUUUAUGGUGUAUUGCAGAGCUUUGGAA